AUGCCCGAAAAUAGUGAAGCUGGGACGUUGGUUACCAUUUUGAACGUGCUGAAUAGGAAAAAAUGGACGAUGAUUGAUAUGGUCAACCCUGAUGGGACUUUUGAAAUUCGUCAAAAAACUGGUGAAGUGUUCAUUCGCGAUAACCGGAUUAUGGAUCGGGAAUUGUUCACGAAUCUAGAACUUGUCGCCGAAAUUCAUGGCUCAUCUCACUUAACAAAAUGCGCCCGAACUCGUGUCAAUGUGGAGCUGCUCGAUCAAAAUGACAAUCGUCCCACGUUUGAAAAAGAAAAGUAG